CUGAUUUGAGUCACUCGUCACUGCACAAAAAUCAAUCAUUUUAUUAGAUUUUUUUUAAGACAGUGAAAGAAAUAUGAGCAAAGUAAAAAAUGCCCAUUUGUUAUGUGAUUUCUUAUUAUAAAUAUCAAGUAGAAAAAAAUUAGAUUAGAGAAGCAAUCCUAAUAGGAAAUGAAUUAAAUAAAAUAAUCUUAGUGCUGUGAGUAACCACGUCUGUAAGUAACAAUAGCAAAAUGUCCGUGGAUAGGGAAAUACCUGCUGAAGACAGUAUUAGAGUAGUUUGUCGAUUUCGACCUCUAAAUGAUUCGGAAGAGAAGGCUGGGUCGAAGUUUGUAGUUAAGUUUCCACAGGGUGGCGAAGAAAAUUGCAUUUCUAUAGCGGGAAAAGUAUAUUUAUUUGACAAAGUUUUUAAACCCAAUGCAACUCAAGAGAAAGUUUAUAAUGAAGCGGCUAAAAGCAUUGUUACUGAUGUAUUAUCUGGUUUUAAUGGGACCAUAUUUGCUUAUGGUCAAACUUCAUCAGGGAAAACUCAUACCAUGGAGGGUGUUUUAGGAGAUCCUCAAAAACAAGGAAUAAUUCCAAGAAUCGUAAACGAUAUAUUCAAUCACAUUUACGCCAUGGAAGAAAACUUAGAAUUCCACAUUAAAGUAUCUUAUUUUGAAAUAUACAUGGACAAAAUUAGAGAUCUAUUAGAUGUUUCGAAAGUAAAUUUAAGUGUACACGAAGAUAAAAAUCGGGUACCUUUCGUAAAAGGGGCUACGGAAAGGUUCGUAUCAAGUCCCGAAGAAGUAUUCGAGUCAAUAGAAGAGGGCAAAUCUAAUCGACACAUAGCUGUUACAAAUAUGAAUGAACAUUCAUCUAGGUCUCACUCGGUUUUUUUGAUCAAUGUUAAACAAGAAAAUUUGGAGAACCAAAAGAAGUUAUCCGGAAAAUUAUACUUAGUGGAUUUGGCUGGAUCUGAAAAAGUAUCUAAAACUGGAGCCGAAGGAACUGUUUUGGAUGAGGCCAAAAACAUAAACAAGUCCCUAUCGGCUUUGGGUAACGUCAUCAGCGCGCUAGCGGACGGAAAUAAAUCUCACAUUCCUUACCGAGAUUCGAAGCUUACGAGAAUCCUGCAAGAAUCUUUGGGUGGAAAUGCAAGAACGACAAUUGUCAUCUGUUGCUCUCCCGCCAGCUUUAAUGAAUCCGAAACGAAGUCGACCCUAGAGUUCGGUAAAAGAGCCAAGACCGUGAAGAAUGUCGUUUGCGUCAAUGAGGAACUUACUGCCGAGGAAUGGAAGAGACGGUAUGAAAGAGAGAAGGAAAAAGUUGCUAGACUGAAAGGAAAAUUGGAAAAACUUGAAGAAGAACUAAAUCGGUGGAGAAAUGGUGAAACAGUCAACCCUGAAGAACAGAUUAACCUCAAAGAGCUCUCGGACGCAGUCACUCCGGUAUCUGUUAUGGAAGAAAGCGUCAUCGCGGAAAAACCAUCUGGGCCUCUCCCAGCCACUCCUGCUUUAAUGAUAGGUUCUACAUUGGGUUUGGAGGAGCGAAACAAACUGGAAUUAGAAAGGGAAAGAUUGUACCAACAAUUGGACGAAAAGGACGAGGAGAUCAAUCAGCAGAGUCAGUAUGUCGAAAAGCUCAAAGAGCAAAUGCUUGAGCAAGACGAACUAAUAGCAAGCACGAGACGUGAUUACGAAGCCCUGCAAGCUGAGAUGAACAGGAUACAGCAGGAAAAUGAGAGCGCCAAAGAGGAAGUGAAGGAAGUCCUUCAAGCCCUUGAAGAACUUGCUGUCAACUACGACCAGAAAAGCCAAGAAGUUGAAGGUAAGAACAAGGAGAUGGAAUCGCUGUCGGAGGAGCUCAUGCAGAAGCAGACCAGCUUAAAUUCAACGACGACCGAGCUCCAGCAAUUGCGAGAUUUGAGCAGCCACCAAAAAAAGAGAAUCGCCGAAAUGCUCAGCAAUCUGCUCAAAGAGUUAGGCGAGAUUGGAAGUACCCUCGGUGGUGGUGGUGGUGGAGGAGGAGGAGGUGAAGGACAGGAAAUAAAAAUAUCUAACGAUGUCGCUAAGUUGGAAGAAGAAUUUACGGUGGCGAGACUGUACAUCUCGCGAAUGAAAAGCGAAGUUACCAGCCUAACUCAAAGGCUUCAAGAUAUAGAGAACAAGGAACAAGACAGCAACAAAAAAGUCACUGAAUACGAAAAAGAAUUGGCCGAAUGUCGAUUAUUAAUAUCCCAACACGAAGCCAGAAUGAAGAGCCUCCAAGAAUCGAUGAGAGAAGCCGAAAACAAGAAGAGAAUGCUCGAGGAAAGCAUCGAUUCUUUAAGAGAAGAAUGCGCCAAAUUGAAGGCCGCCGAACAGGUGCAAAGUGCGAGUGAAAGCGAAAAGAAAGAGGCCAAUGAACUCCGAGUUGCGCUAGAACAACAGAUGGACCAGUUGCGAGUGGCUCAUCAAAAACAAGUAGCCGCAUUGAGAGACGAAAUAGCCGAAAAACAGGGCUUGAUCAACGAUAUAAAAGAUUCAAAUCAGAAACUCUCUUUGGCGCAACAGCAACUGCAAGCGGAUUACGAGAAAAUCAAAACCGAGGAAAUCGAGAAGUCGCACAAGCUUCAGGAACUCAUCGCUACUAACGACAGACGAGAGCAAGCUAGGAAGGACCUCAAGGGACUCGAGGUCACUGUAGCCAAAGAAUUGCAAACACUACACAAUCUUCGAAAGCUGUUCGUGCAAGAUUUGCAGGCUAGAAUGAAGAAAAACCUUUCAUCCGAAGACAACGAGGAGGACGGCGGUUCGUUGGCCCAAAAGCAGAAGAUAUCGUUCCUCGAAAACAAUCUCGAUCAACUCACUAAAGUUCACAAACAGCUCGUCAGAGACAACGCCGAUCUGCGUUGCGAACUCCCCAAAUUGGAGAAAAGAUUACGAGCCACCAUGGAGCGAGUGAAAGCGCUGGAGACAGCGCUCAAAGAAGCCAAAGAGGGCGCGAUGAGAGACAGGAAAAGAUAUCAAUAUGAAGUUGAUCGUAUUAAGGAGGCUGUACGGCAGAAGAAUUUAGCGAGACGAGGACCGGCUGCAACCAUCGCGAAACCCAUUAGAGCCGGCCAGCACCAAGGAGGAAGUCCUGUUAUUAGAACCGGAGUCGGGAGUAGGCCUAACGAUGAUCCGCAAAAACGCAAAUCAACUGUGGUAGGCGAUAAAGAUUGAGCCACUCGCUGCUAAAACGUACCAGGUGCUUGAGAUGUUUAGUAAGCAAAUCCGUAAAACUUUAAUACCAAAAAUAUUGCCGAUUUUUCGGGCGAGUUCGGCGCGCAAGCGCAAGAAACAGUUCGGCGUUUCGCCUUAGCUCGCUCUUAAAUGUGCUUACAGCUUAAAUAUUUGUAGUAUAAGGUGCACUUAAAACGUUUAUACUAUAAACGAAGGCAAAUUGUUUCGUUGUUUUUGGUUUACUUUUUGCUUCACCAACGUAAUUGUUAAAAACGAAAGAAAAAAAAACAACAAUUUGCUUGUGUCUAUUAGGUACUCGUUGAAAAAAAAAAUGCUAUUUUUUUAUUUCAAUUAGAGUUACUAAGGUUUUGAAUGCAGUUCAUAUGAAAAAAUCGUUAUUGAGAUAAAUGUUGAAGUAGAAUAGUUGAAUUAAAAGGAAGGACAAUAGACCUUUGAAUAAAAAUAAAUUAGUCCACUUUUUCAUUGUUUUAACAAAUAUUAAAUUUUUUAUGUAUUAAUCCAGUUUUUAAUUGUUUAACAAAUUAAAUGUUCUAUGUAUAAUAUUGUACAGAAAUUUUUGUUAAUUCCAAAAAGUUUACUUAUAAAUUAUUUUUUUUUUAUUUCCACUGUCAGAAUUAUUAGCAGAAAUGUGAGACAAUAAACGAAAUGUUAUUUCAAAAUUGUCGACUAUUGAAUUCCUACUUGCCUUAAAACAUAUUUAAAAUGGCGGCGAUUUUGAAAUGAAAACCUGCCUGUUUAACAUCAGCUUAUAUAGUAUAUUUCAAACAUCUCGUGUAGGUUUUUAUUGUGAAAAUUGUAAUAGUUCUAUCUCUUAACUUUUGAAUAGGACUAAGAAAGACAUCAAUAAAUGUUACGGUAGGGUUUUCAAGUAGUUUGGCAAUGAUUUUAUUAAUUUGGAUGAGUUUGCUCAAUGACAUUUGUAAUCAAGAAAUUCACCUUUCUCAUACAUCUUGUAGAUAGCUGUGCUUCUGCAGUUUAUUCUUUAAAAUGAAUUCCAACCGUUAUUUUGUCUACUCUAAAUCUCUGAGGAUUUUUCUAAACUAUAUUUUUGCUUGUCAAAUUAAUGAUAUAGCAAUUACAUUUAUCCCAAAGUGACCAACAUCAAUAAUUAUUAAUGACAAUUUCUCAAAUAUUACUGCACUUUUUUAGGUAGUAGAGUAAUAAUGAUAAUAAAUUUGUUAAUCAGAUUUAAUUAUAGUGUAAGGUUUAAAUUUAAAGGUUGUAAAAGGACUAAAUCGAUGCGUUGUUGCUAAUUAAGAGAUUGCUUAGUGAGUUUGUCACAGCCUUAGCCUUAAAAAUAAGGUUAAUUUUAUUUUUAUGUGAUUGUGUGAGUAAUAAUCUGUAAUAUCUAUUUUUUAGAAUAAUUCGUAAGAUUAAAACUUUUAAAAUAUUUAUUUUUUACACUGCCUUUGCUAUAUAUAGUAUAACAAUACACAUUAAUUUAGGCAUUUUAGAAAGUUAUGAGUAAUCUAAAUAGACGUUGCAAUUAUUGGCUUCUACAAAUAUUUAGACAUGUAGAACCAAAUUUUAAUCAACCUUAAACCGUUCACAAGUUAAGAGAUGGCGCUUUGUGUAAAAAUUGAUAACUUCGAAGCAUUCAACACUUUAGUAAUUGUUUUUCUUCUUCUAAAAAUGGGUCCUAGAUGUCUUACAGAAAGUAAUCAGUGUUACCAAAACUAUACGAGCUUUAAGUACGGAUGAAUAAUUUUCAAAACAAAAAUUAAAUCAAACUUUUAUUUAUACUUACUUAAUAUUGGGCAAACAACGUAGUUUUCGAUAAAAAAAUCUCGGUUCGCAUUUGAUUUUAACAAAGAAAAAUAUUCAUCCGUUGGGAUCACGUAAAAGCACUGUUCCUAUCAAAUUGGCACUGCUAUUCUGUGAAAUCAAUUAGCGAAAUUACUAGACGAUUGUAAAAAAAUUUGUUUUGUAAAACCCAGUUUCGUCUUUAAUUUUUAUUUAAAAUAAUUUAUGUAUAUUAUUGGAAUUUUUCAAACUAUUAAAUGUUGAAAGUUACUUUUUAUUACUUGAAUUUAUAUCGAUUGUCUCUCGAGUGCGGACUUGACAGGUUCAAGUGUACAGUAUACUCGAAGAAGUUAUUAUAUUUUUUUAAAAAAAUGUGAUUACUGCAAUUUCAAGUUAAGCAGUGCAGAGAGAAAAAUCUAUAAACAUGCCAUUUUAAUAAAGGAAAAAAUGCUCGUUUUACGGAAAAUGUAUAGUGAGUAGGGAGAGACAUUUAUUUUUGAUUUUUUAAAUUUUUCAUUUGAAAUAAAUUUAAGAAUGAGUUCAAAGAAAGUGUGGAAAACAAAAGAAAAUCGGAGACGCUAUUGAAAGUGUGGCGAACACUAAUGAAAGGAAUUUAACUUGGAAUGCGUUUUGAUCCUGAAAUAAACAUUCAAUAAGAAAAUUAAUUCAAAAAAAGUAUGUAGCAUACAAAAGAAAGUAGGGAGGAACAUUAAUAGAAAUUUAACUCGGAAUUUAUCUUGACCCAAACAGGUCGGAAGGAGCCAUUGAAAUUGACUUCAGAAGAAUAAACUCAGAAACAAUAUUUUAUUGUUGUGCAAAGCCUAUUUUACUUUUCUACUUUUUUCGUAGGCUCAUCUGACAGUCUCUCAUAACAUUGCAGCCUAAUGGCUUAUUGUGUUUUACCCUAUAUGUUAGUUCAUAUGACUUUUGUUUCUAGUACAAGUUUGUACAAGUCUUUGACUGAGUGUGUUCAGUUCAGUGUUUAUGAUUGGUUCUGACAAAGUCGACACA